AUGGCUCGUACCAAGCAAACAGCAAGAAAAUCCACCGGAGGCAAAGCUCCAAGGAAGCAACUAGCCACGAAGGCAGCCAGGAAAUCAGCUCCAGCCACCGGAGGAGUGAAGAAGCCUCACCGUUUCAGGCCAGGAACAGUGGCCUUGAGAGAAAUCAGGAAGUACCAGAAGAGUACUGAGCUAUUGAUAAGGAAACUGCCAUUUCAAAGGCUGGUGAGGGAAAUAGCCCAAGAUUUCAAGACGGAUUUGAGGUUUCAAAGCAGUGCAGUAGCUGCUCUUCAAGAGGCGGCAGAGGCAUACCUAGUUGGGUUGUUUGAAGAUACCAACUUGUGUGCUAUUCAUGCUAAGAGGGUUACCAUAAUGCCUAAAGAUAUCCAGUUGGCCCGUAGGAUUAGAGGCGAGAGGGCUUAA